CUUCGAGUCUCGAGUCUCGCAUCGUCCUGUCGUCGCUACUGUCCCUGUCCUCAGGAACACGCCGCAAGCCAAAAACAAAAAAAUAUAACAAAAAAUUUAAAAAAAAAACCACUGACUCUUCACAUUUUAUCUGCUAAAUAGAUAAACUCAAAACAAAAUGUGCGACGAAGAAGUAGCCGCCCUCGUAGUAGACAAUGGAUCCGGUAUGUGCAAAGCCGGUUUCGCUGGUGACGACGCGCCCCGUGCUGUGUUCCCCUCGAUCGUGGGUCGACCCCGUCACCAGGGUGUGAUGGUUGGUAUGGGCCAGAAGGACUCAUACGUUGGUGACGAGGCGCAGUCCAAACGUGGAAUUCUCACCCUGAAGUACCCAAUCGAGCACGGAAUAGUGACCAACUGGGACGACAUGGAGAAAAUCUGGCACCACACGUUCUACAACGAGCUUCGAGUGGCCCCAGAGGAGCACCCAGUCCUCCUGACCGAGGCUCCCCUCAAUCCCAAGGCCAAUCGUGAAAAAAUGACUCAAAUUAUGUUCGAGACAUUCAAUACACCAGCGAUGUACGUUGCCAUCCAGGCUGUUCUCUCGCUGUACGCCUCAGGUCGUACCACUGGUAUUGUCCUGGACUCUGGUGACGGUGUAUCCCACACUGUACCAAUCUACGAGGGAUACGCCCUGCCCCACGCCAUUCUUCGUCUCGAUCUGGCUGGUCGUGACCUCACUGACUACCUCAUGAAGAUUCUCACUGAGCGUGGCUACUCCUUCACGACAACCGCUGAACGUGAGAUCGUUCGUGAUAUCAAGGAGAAACUCUGCUACGUUGCCCUUGACUUUGAGCAGGAGAUGGCAACAGCUGCUUCAUCAUCGAGCCUCGAGAAGAGCUACGAACUCCCUGAUGGACAGGUCAUUACCAUUGGCAAUGAACGAUUCCGUUGCCCCGAGGCACUCUUCCAGCCAUCAUUCCUGGGUAUGGAAGCCUGUGGCAUCCACGAAACAACUUACAACUCCAUCAUGAAGUGUGACGUUGAUAUUCGUAAGGAUCUCUAUGCCAACACUGUACUAUCUGGUGGUACCACCAUGUAUCCUGGUAUUGCCGACAGAAUGCAGAAGGAAAUCACUGCCCUAGCACCAUCCACCAUGAAGAUCAAGAUCAUUGCACCACCUGAGAGGAAAUACUCAGUGUGGAUCGGUGGAUCCAUCCUUGCUUCACUCUCCACAUUCCAGCAGAUGUGGAUCUCCAAGCAGGAGUACGACGAGUCUGGACCAUCAAUUGUCCACAGAAAGUGCUUCUAAGCUUGCAACGUACCCGAAGAUUUACCCCCCCUUUCCCCUUUCGCAGUCAUUCCGUUGGUCUUUUAUUAUUUUAUUUUAUUUUAAUCUAGAUUUUUUUCUCUCUUUUUGGAUCUCAGUGGACUUUUGUACACUGGGCUCUUCCAUUAUCAUCCGUCAUUACUCCCAUUCCUUCUCCUUGCCCUCCCCCCUUUUUACACGAUUUCCCCUUUCUACCCUGAAAUUGAAAACCUUCGGAUGCGUUCCAGGAGUUCCAGUAACUGCGAUUCACGGAAUCAUAAAUCAGAGCGAUUUUUUCGGCUUUUUCGUGCUUUUUCAAUUGCACUGAUUUAUCGAUUUUGUUAUUCCGUGGUAAAUCGUGUUAACAAUUGCAUUCCGUAUUCAUUCGAGGAUUGUUUGAUGAAUUAAGAGACACGUGUUCCUCGGAUUCCAGUGGAAAUUCGAGCUACAGGGCCUCAUGACUUAUUUUCGAAUGUCUUAUUAUUGUUUAAUUAAAUUGGUCUCCUGAAACUUUUUCAUAUGAAAUAUACAUUAGUAUUAUCGAUAAAUGGAACACUUUCUCGUGGUGGGGAGACAGCACGAGUCAUUCAUUAAUUGGGAUGUGUGAUGCCCGAGGAAGUCUGCGUAAAUUACUCGCUCAAACCAUUAUUAAUUUUUUUUUUUCUCUCAAAAUACAUAAUAAAAUGUGAGACAAAAUAAGGAUUAAAGACACGGUUUCGAAACCCCGCAAAGCGUAGCCAAAGUAUUAUAAUUUUAUUCCCAUUGUAUUGUGCAAAUUCAUUCAUGCAAUUGAGAGAUUACUCCAGACUGUGGGAUAAUAAAAGUAAUAAAAAAAAAUCUGAUAAGGUAUAUAUGGGUAUAUACUGCGAGGUGAACACGAUUUUUCCGUUGGGCUCUUGGUUUGAUCCUUGUAUGAACGUAUGCAUUCCUUGCGUUCUUUGUUUCGCUCGAGUUGUCUAUCGUCGAUUAUCGAAUAGUGCUGAUAUGUAGGUGAUUAUGAAUUUUUUUUUUUGCAAUUCAUGUGCACGAUUAACGAAUACGAGGAAUCCCCAAUUUUGUACCGUCUCUAGAGGAAAAUACAAUGUCAGUAAUCCUAAGACUUGUGGUAAACCUAUGAUAAUUAUUGUAAGAAUUAGGUUUAUACUUUCCAAUUCAAUAAAAUUAUUUUCAACGACUAUUGAAA